AUGGUACACGCCGACUCCAGCAACUUCGCCUCCAACCUCAGCAAAUCGGAAGCCUACAACCAAGUCCUCGCCCAAGCCGCCUCACUCUUCGAAGGCCAACCUAACUGGGUAUGCAACACAGCGAACACCGCUUCUCUCCUCUGGCAUGCGCUCCACGCUUUACCGUCACCCAGCAAACAAACAAACUGGGCCGGCUUCUACGUGCUCGACCCAAAAGUACCCAAUCAGCUCAUCUUGGGCCCUUUCCAUGGCAAGGUAGCCUGCCAAACGUGCGCAUUCGGACGUGGAGUCUGUGGCACCGCCGCUAAGACUGCCACUACUCAGCUUGUUCCGGAUGUGGAGGCGUAUCCGGGUCAUAUUGCUUGCGAUUCUGAGAGUCGGAGUGAGAUUGUCGUGCCCAUAGUCAAGAGUGGGAAGGUCGUAGGUGUCAUCGACCUCGACUGCGCCGUCGAAAAUGGCUUCGACGCCGAAGACCAGCAACACCUGGAAGCUUUAGCAGAGCUCCUAGCCCACGCAUGCGACUGGUGA